AUGCCAAUCGAAAUUGAAGAUACUGAAAACUCCAUUAUUCAAAUGCUUAUAUCUGACUAUGUUAGACAAUCCCUUGAUUAUACCAUCAAAGUGGUCUUUCUGCAUAUAAAUUCUUGGUUCAAGCAUCUUAAAUCAACAAUUUAUCCUCAAGAAUCGAUUAUUUUCGUAAUUAGACAAAUCGAAAUUAUAGAUAAUGAAUUUUAUGUUUAUGCUAAUGACAUUAAUUACAUUGAUAUCAAUUUUUUCACAAAAAAAAAAGAAGCUACCAGCACUGAACUAUCUUCAACAAACCCUAUGCGAUUCAAACUUAUACAUAUUUAUACAACCUUACUAAAAUGCAAAAGAUCACAAGAAACCUUUGAAUCAGAAAAAAAUACUGAUUCUGUUAAUACCAUUGAUGAUAAUGAUAAUAAUGAAGAUCAAGAAACAGAAAAUCAACAAGAAACAAAUGAUCAAGAAACAGACGAUCAACAAGAAACAGACAAACAAAAUACAGAUAAUCAACAAGAUACAGAAAAUUCUACUCAAACAAAUAAAGAAGAUUCUUGGGAAAGAUAUAAAUACCAUAAUAGGGAUUAG